AUGUCUAUAAAAACACGACACGACUGCCACAGAAUAACCAUUCCUCAAACUCAUCCAACUACUUACAACCGACUCAAGAAACGCUCAAACAUGAAGGUGGCUAUUCUCGUCAUGGCAUUUGUUGCCCUCACAGCCAGUGUGGCUUACACUGCUCCUACUGAGAAUGAAGAUGCUGAAAUUGAGGCAUUUGUAAACAAACUGAUGGAGCAAGAAGAAGCCUCUGAGCAAGACGACCAUGCUGCUCAAAUGGAGUCCUUCCUUGCCCAACUCCAAGAUGAAGAUGAUGACGGCGAGGAAGCAGCCCUUCAGGAGUUCUUUGCUCGAGAGCAGAUCCUAGCUAAGGUGCAAGGAUGGAGGCGCAUAGCCAGGAGUGUGGCAAGAGGAGUGAAGAAGUACGGACCAACAGCACUAAAGUACGGAGUGAAGUAUGGACCAAGUGUAGUAAGGGCACUCGGUCGUCGUUAAGUGCCAGUGUUUCAGUGGAAACGUACUGUCGAGAACUGAGAAACUCAUGUAGAAAUAGACUAGUGUAGAAGAGUAGAACUUAGAAAUUUGAUGCAAAUGCAAAAAUUGAAAUGAGAAUUUGUGUUUUCACAUGA